AUGAGCUCAGCCGUAGCGCCUGUGCCGCCGGCGUCGCCGCCCAGGGCGCAGACUGCGCCUGCUGGUAGCAGCGGCGGCGGCGGCACCACCACCACCAACCCCAACGGCCACCAGCCGGGCCUCGACGAGAACGAGUACCGGGCCGUGGUCCUCCACCUCACCGACAGCCGGUCCGAGGCUGACAUCGACAGCGAGCUCGCCGCGCGCGCCGCCGCGCUGGGCAUCUCCACGACGACGCUGUCUCGGCCCGCCAGCGCGACUGCCCAGAAGCACCCGACCAACACGUCCUGCGCCGAGUCGGCCAUCACCGUCGCGACCGCCGGCCACGCCCGGAGCUUCUCCACGGGCUCCGCCGCGACGGCGAGCACGGCGCUCACCUCGCACUCCUCCCUGAGGGAGAUUGGCAAGACGGACGGCGCCGUCCUGGAGGUCAUAAGGAAGCGCGCGGACCGCUUGAGCUUCUCGCAGUAUGACAAGUACCUCGCCAAUGUCGACCCGGACCUCAAACAGCCCAAGCUGGACAGACUGGGCACAUCCGAGUCGACGGCGAGCGUAUUCAGCACAAAGUCCAGGAAGGGCUACACAAACUUCAGGCGCAGCCUCGAGAGGGUGUCUUGGCUGAGGAAGCGGUCGACGGACCUUGGCGGACGUGAUGCCGUGCCGUGUAUCUGUUGCCGGGAAGAAUUCGAGCCAGACCAGACGCUGCACUACCUGCCUUGUGGCCACACCUACUGUUCGAAAUGUCUGCAUGUCAUGAUCAACCAGGCAGGCGCGGACGAGUCCAAGAUGCCGCCGCGAUGCUGUACACAGCCGAUCCCCUCCUCGACCGUCAGGUCUGUGCUGAGUCGGGACGAGCAGCACUCAUUCCUGAAAGCCGUUGUCCAGUUCUCGGUCCCAUGGGAGGCUCGGAUAUUCUGCCCGGCCAUGACCUGUCUCGAGUUCAUACCGCCGCGGAGCAGGAUCGACCCGAAGCACCCCUCCGAAGUUGUGUGCAGGAAAUGCCGGACGCGCGUGUGUGUAAUGUGCAAGAAGCAAGCGCAUCCGUUCGGGCAGGAUUGCCCCGGCGACUGGGAACUAGACGCGGUGCUGAAGAUGGGGGAGAAGUCUGGCUGGCGACGCUGUUAUAAAUGUCGGUCCCUGGUCGAGCUGACGGACGGAUGCACGCACAUGACUUGCCGGUGCAAGGCGCAAUUUUGCUAUAUAUGCGGCGCUGUCUGGGACAACACCCUCGGGUGCCCAAACUACUGUGACGGAGAAGGAGAGCUGGAGCGGAUGAGGCAGGAAGAGGCCGCGCGGACCGCCGAGGAAGACGCGAUCAAGGAGGAGCAGCGAAAGGCGGUGGUCCGAGCCGAGGAAGAGAGAAAAGAGGCCGACGAGAGGACCGCCUCGAGCGAGGAGUUCAAGGCUCUGCGCGCGGAUCAAGAGCAGGAGAUGGCAAGGUUUCGCAUGUUUGAGCGAAAAACGAGAUGGGUGCAGUGGUCGCGGCACUCGCAGACCAAGUCGGCCAUGGUUGGCGAAUUUGCGAGCCGGGUAGAGAAGAUGAAGGAGCGGCACGCCAAGACGGCUCAGCAGCUGGAGGAUCGGCAGGUCGCCGCGGAGAUGGAGCUCCGGGCCACGCUGGAACAGAGCGAGAGGAGUGUCCGCAUCCGCCUGCGGCACAUGGAAGCCUACUGCGACGCCCUCGGCCGCGGCCGCGGCCGCCAGGACGAGAAGGACCCCGGCAUGCCGCCCAGGGUUGUGACGGAGCGAGACUUGAGGGAGCUCGGCCAGCAGUACAAUCUCAGGGACGGCAUGGAGCGGCUGCACCAGGCCCGGAUCAACGUCCUGCGCGACCAGCAGGCCAAGCGCAUGGAGGACCUGCUGGACCGUCAAGAGCGGGAGAUGGAGACGCUGCUCGAGUCUCGGGCCCAGUCGAUCCAGGACCUCGAGGCCGACUUUGUGCAGGACGAAGAGGCCCUGACGCGCCUCUUUGAAGACCGGAAGAAUGCGCUGUACCGGCGCUGGGAGCUCGCCGGGGAGAUCAUGAGGAAGGAACUGGAGCAGGAGCAGGGCGUCGCGUACGGGCCCAUGCAGCUGCCCGAGUGGCCGGCAGCUCUUGAGGAGGAGGUCUUUGACGAGGGAGGGAUCGACGACCCGGUGAUGACUACGACUACGGGGGCGCAGGACUAA